AUGGUGUUCAAGUUUCACUUUCCUCAUCUCCACAUACUCCAUCAUCAUAACCAUCAUCAUGUUCCUAAAGGCUGUGUUGCGAUCAUGGUGGGCCACGAGGGAGAUGAAGAAGGUCUACACAGAUUCAUUGUUCCGUUGAUGUUCUUGAACCAUCCUCUGUUCUUGAGGCUCUUGAAAGAAGCUGAAGAAGAGUACGGUUUCAAACACGCUGGUCCGAUUUCGAUUCCUUGCCGUGUCGAUAAGUUUAAGCAUGUUCAGGAGAUUAUCGAUGAGGAGAUUCAUCGCCGUCAUAGUCACGGUAACGGACACAACAACCAUAGCCACCACCACCACAACAACCAUCUGCGAUGUUUCUGA